AUGGGGCAUCCUCCACCCGAGCCCACGGGCCAAUCCGACCCCGACCAUGCAGACGUCAUUGAACUCCCAACAGCAGAUAUACUUAGCGAUAGCGAUAGCAAUUCCGAUGACGAGACGACGGCUCUGAACAAUGAAAAUAGUAUUCGACGCCUUCCACCCCCGAUCCACACAGAACAUCGUCGCUUUCCGUCUAUCGAUGAAAGCAACGCAGACCAUGUCACCCUCCCUGAGCCAGAGCAGGAGAUAGCGGAAGAAAAACCGGUGACAUGGAGCUCGCUGCCAAAGAAAGGCCAACUGGCUAUCUUGACUAUGGCACGGCUUUCUGAGCCGCUCACUCAGACCUCGUUGCAGGCAUACAUGUUCUACCAGCUCAAGUCGUUUGAUCCAUCGUUACCAGACUCGACCAUCUCAGCGCAGGCUGGUAUGCUACAAGGUAGCUUCACCGCUGCUCAGUUCCUUACUGCGGUUUGGUGGGGUCGGCUGGCCGAUGCAGAGUGGAUGGGCCGUAAGAAAGUUCUCUUGAUCGGUCUGUUUGGUACUUGUAUCUCGGCGCUUGGAUUCGGCUUUUCCAGGACAUUUACCACUGCGAUAAUAUUCCGUACACUGGGUGGUAUGCUGAACAGCAACCAGGGCGUUAUGCGCACGAUGAUCUCUGAGAUUAUCGCCGAGAAAAAGUACCAAUCACGGGCGUUUCUCCUUCUCCCCAUGUGCUUCAAUAUUGGGGUUAUCAUAGGCCCCGUAUUAGGAGGAACAUUGGCAGACCCUGUCAAGAGUCUGCCUUGGCUCUUUGGUCCUGGAUCUUUGUUCGGGGGUGAGAACGGCGUAUGGUGGAUGAAGCACUGGCCUUAUGCACUGCCUAAUCUACUGAGUGCUUGUUUCAUAUUCAUGUCCUCCCUUGCGAUUUUCUUUGGUUUGGAUGAGUCCCAUGAAAUCACACGUCACCGCAAAGACUGGGGCCGCGUACUUGGAAAGAGAAUAGUCCGCGCGUUCACUCGGCGCCCCUUACACUACAGCCCGCUUACCCGCUCCGGGCACGAUGCUACCAUGUAUAUGGAUGAAAACAGGGAGAUGUCAGCGCCAUCAAGUCCAGUCCGUACCCGCAACCCGCGACUGCCGGCUCCGCGCAAACGGGCAGGGUUCCGGCAAAUCUUCUCUCGCAAUGUCCUCCUCACUCUCCUGACUCAUUUCCUACUCGCAUUCCAUACAAGUGCAUUCAACUCCAUGACAUUUGUGUUCCUGCCUACUCCCCGUGCCCCGGAGGACUCCCGAACGGGCUUCUUUCACUUCAGUGGAGGACUAGGUCUGCCAUCUGCCCGGGUGGGUCUCGCCACCGCAAUCAUCGGCUUCAUCGGUCUUCCCUUACAGAUAUUCCUAUAUCCUCGCAUUCAAGGAAAACUGGGAACACUCACAUCGUUCCGUGCCUUCCUUCCCCUCUCUCCCUUGGCUUAUUUAUUGAUGCCUUUCCUUGUUAUUCUUCCUCGCGUCCCCUACAUUGUCUGGCCAUCUUUUACUUUUGUGGUGUCUUUACAAGUCAUUUCUCGCACGUUCGUGUUACCCGCUGCGAUCAUUCUUGUCAACAAUUGCGUGACCGACUCCACUGUUCUGGGGACAGUACAUGGUGUCGCGCAAAGUAUCUCCAGUGCCGCUCGUACCUUGGGCCCGCUCUUUGGUGGAUGGGGUCUUGGCCUGGGACUUAUGCACAACAUGGUUGGAGCUGUUUGGUGGGCUUUGGCUGUGGAGGCUUUGAUUGGAUAUAUGGUGCUAUGGACCAUAUAUGAAGGCAAGGGAAUUGAACGGCCCAAGCCUCCAGUGGACGAGGCAGAGGAAGAGGAGCGAUGA